ACACCUUUCUCAUCCCCGCAAUGUUGAUUGCGAUUCGUUUUUUGAUUCUUUCACUUAAGUGAAUCGAACUAGGCGAGUUUCGAUUCGUUUGACUCACCUUCACCGUUUCAUACUGUGUAAUUAUCUACUGAAAAGGAUACGAAGGGUGUGUGUGUGUGUGUCGGAUAAUACCAAAUUAAUAUAACAAACAGCAAACAAAUACAAUACAACCGAAACGAAGUGAAAAUUACGUAAAAGAUCCGUUAUACCUGCUUGCGAAUCGACUCACUUUAAAAGAGUUGCUUAACGUGAACCGAUACAGUAGAGAAGCCCUUAUCUAGCUCACUCAUCUGCCCUUGUCUGUUGAAAAACGUGAGUAUUUUGACCUGGAGGUUUUUAGUUAGACGUCGUUUCUCUAGUGGUGGACCCUUUAAAGUUUACUUUGCUGAACCCUGCUGUUCUUUCUUUAGUUUCAUACAAACCUUUCGGCAUCAAUGUCUCAUUGUCUAGUGGCCAGUCUAACACUUCUGCUCGCGUGCAGCUUUACAGGCACUGACUGUUUACUAUUCAUCUGGCCCAAUGGACCUACGCUGGUUAAUGCUUUUGUGGGCACCAACGUGACACUUGGCGUUUCGUAUAGCGGAGUCACCGAGCCUCUAGUGACGUGGUUGAACGGGACAUUUAUCCUGGCCACGUGGACCAUAGGCCUCAACACUCCUCCAGCCAUCGCCCAGGCGUACAGCAAUGUCUUAUCCAUCGAUCAGACCGGAUCUCUGGUCUUCAACAAGGUUCCCGCCAGCUACAGCGGCACAUACACGGUGCAGAUGGUGAAGCCCGGGGCUCAUGAAGCUUCAGUCAACUUUACACUAUCGGUGUACAACAUCAUCACAGCCGUUUCUGUGGUCGCGGUCUCGCAAGACGUUAUAGAGGGAGGACCGCCGUUCACACUGUCUUACAGCUCGAUGCAAGGACCGGUCUUGACUUCAACGUGGUACUUUAAAGGCUCGGAGGUGGUGAACAGUUCUCGGUACCUGAUAACUCCGAAGAGUCUGACCAUCAAUCAGCCGAACCACAACGACACGGGGAUCUACAGUGUGGUGCUCACAAAUCCAUUCAGUAACGUGACACAGAGCGAGAACAUCACGGUGCUGUAUGGACCAGAUCAGCCGGUUUUGGAGGUCAGUCCCACAAAAGCAGCCUUUGUUUCUGGAGAGACUGUCUCUCUGUCCUGCCGAGCUGAAGGUGUACCGCUUCCCUCGGCCUCGUGGGUGUUUAACGGCCAGCCGCUGCCCAGCUCCAACGGCACACUGCAACUCGCCCAUGUUCAGGCGAGCCAGAGCGGCGUUUACAAGUGUGUUCUGGUUAACAGCAGGACCAGCAUGGGUAUUACGAGGAACGUCACCAUAAACGUCUUGGGCCUUAGCGGGUCAGCCAUUGCUGGUAUAGCUGCCGGAGUUCCGUGCGCCAUCCUCCUACUGCUGCUCUUCGCAGGCCUCAUCUACCUCUCUUUCCACUGCUAUAAAAAGAAAGCAACUCAAAAUCUCAGAUAUCCCAUCGCAGGAGCCGUGAAGAAAGCGGUUAUCAGUCAGCCUGAACUGACCAAACCUCAGCACCUGCUGACCAGCGGCUUUAAACUGCCUCCACCCUACAAUCCCCACCAUCACCAGGCGCAGAGUGAACGUUCAGGCUGGCUGCCGUUAGGAAUUCCACCUGUCCGAAUGGCCACUACGGUGUAAUACAACCUCAACUCGGUGACCAGUAAUAUUUUUCCAUGUCCUAAAGACAUUUGAUAAGAGACCUGGCAUUGUUCAGAUCUACCUCACACACUAUUCAUCAUCAACCCAAGCUUUAAUCAUUUCCUGCUUUAUUCAUUGUAAUUUAGAGAAAUUAUAGUCGAGGUCAUACGUUUACAUACGCCUUGCAGAAUCCGCAAAAUGUUUUUAAAAAAUUGAACAUCCAGUUCAAAAGUUUACCCCCCACCCACCCCCCCGGCUCUUAAUGUAUCGUGUUGCCUUCUCGAGCAUCAGUGAAUGUUUGGACCUUUUGUAAUAAUUGUGUACGAGUCCCUCAGUUGUCCUCAGUGUGAAAAGAUGGAUCUGAAUAUCAUAUAGCCGCUGUUGGAAAGGGGUCAAAUAUGCAGAAGAUGCCGGAAAAGCAAAGAAUGUGCAGGACCUAGAGGAUUUCUCUGAAGAACAGUGGGUAGUUUAACUGCUCAGGACAAACAAGGGACUCGUGAACGACUCUCACAAAAUAUAAACACAGUCGUUGAUCAUCCAGGUGACGACAAGUGUGUAAACUUUUGAACGGGUUAAUUUGUGUAAAUUCAGUUAUUAUUGUGUCUUGUGGACUAUAUGUAAAUAUCUGCUAUGUGAAAUAGUUUAUUCAGGGCAAAACAAAAUGCAAUUUUUAUGAUCUCUCUGUCUUUUUUUUUUUUUUUUUUUUCAAUUCUAAACAUUUUGCAGAUUCUUCAAGGUGUACGUAAAAUCAUAGCCUCAGCUGUACCUUAAAUGUAGGACCAAAUAACUGUUCGACAUUUCAACAAGCUGGCCGUUAACCCAAAACACACACUCUUAACGUUCAUUUGCGGCUCUGCAACCUCCUCCUUUUAAGCCACAGACCGUGAAUGACUCGAUAAACACAAAAAGAUGCUUAAUAUGCACUUUUACCUUGUGAAUUGAUGUAUUUUUAUUAAGUUGAUUUUUUUUAAAUAAAUAAACUACAUAUAUAAAUGAAUUCUGUAUGUGUAUGCAGUGGUGUAUAGUGUGUUCGAAAUUCGUUUCCGCUGUUUUAGUGGUAUGGGUGUUUCCUACACACCUUGUGUUUUUAUUUAUAACUGAAUGUCCUUGUGGUUUUUUUUUUUUUUUUUCUCUCUCAGUAAUAGUAUACCGUAGUUUCUAUGCUGGCUAGACUCCUUUUGUAAGGGUUUUUUUUACCCUGGAAAAAGUGAAUAUUGGAAAAUCGGAAACAGCACAGAAAAAAAAAAAUGUUGAAAUUAAUGUAUGUAGAAAACUCAGGGACCGAUUCACAUACAAAUCUUCUCAAGUUCUGAAGUAUGCAGCUUGUGUCCAGAGUAAAUGCUCAUUUUAGUCACUCUGUGCAACUGGAGGGAAAUUACCAGGAGGAAAAAACUCCAUAGAACAAAGCACGAGGUAUUCAUUUUAACUUUGAAAAAAUAUCCAAAGCUUAUUUAGUACAUAAUUGGAAAUUGUCAAUCAUUUUGGCUCAAUCUGACUUCAUGGCCAUGGAUUCAGUGAUAUCUGGUCUUUUAUAGUAUGCACUUCUGCUUCAUUUUCCAAGGUAAGCCCAUGCCAGUGUUUGUAAAAGCAUAGCAAUGUUCUUUUACGUUUAUUUAAUAAUGUAGAAAUGUAAAAUACAUGACUUGGCUCUG